AUGGCUAACAAUCAGAAUAUUAGACCUGCUGGAGCUCUCACAAGUGAUAUAGAGAAAAAUCCUAAAGUCAAUGCAGUGACGUUGAGAAAUGGGAGAGAGUUGGUACAAGUGCCUAAGAAGAAAAAGGAGCAGUCUGGGCUUGAAGAAGAAAGAGUGCCAAAACCUGUAGAGAUACACUUGAACAUCCUUUUGGUGGACAUGCUCCGUGAGGUACCAAAAUAUACAAAAUAUAUUAAGGAUAUAGUGGCAAAUAAAAGGAGGUUAACUGAGUUUGAGACCAUUGCACUUACUGAGGAGUGCACUUCCAGGAUUCAACAUAAGCUUCCACAAAAGCUUAAGGAUCCGGGUAGUUUUAUCAUCCCCGUGAGGAUUGGUGAAAUUAAUGUGGGUAGAGCCUUGUGUGAUUUGGGUGCAAGUAUCAAUAUGAUGUUUUUGUCAGUGUUCAAACAAUUGGGCUUAGAAGUUCUGAUACCCACCACAGUGAUUCUACAGUUAGCUGAUAGAUCAUAUGUUUAUCCUGGGGGGUAA